UUCACCCCCUCCAUGAUUGCCAUUGUCUUUCUAUCUCUCUAUUUCUCUCUCUUCACCAGCAGUAAGUGAUUCAGAAACAUUAGUGAGAGAUGAGAGAGAGAGAGAGGGAGAGCUUGAGAUUUUUUGCUCAAGCUUGUCCUAGAUGACAAAGAACCCAUCCCUUCAAUUCCAAAGUGGUCCUCCUUUCUCAAUUGAUAAUUUGACAACCUCUCUCCUUAUCCUACACACACCUUCUCUCUUCUGUUCCCUAACCCUCUAAUCCUACGCACCCUCUCUCUCUCCUUCUCUCUUUAAACCCACUAACCAGAAAGAAAGUGAAUCCAACUCCUCACCAUUUUCACCAUUUUCCCAUUCUCUAGCUACACCAAGAGCUAGCUUCUUCUGCAAACCCUAGUUCUCAAAACCCUAAUCCUCCAAACGUAAAAAACCAUGUCGAGUUCUAGCGUUUGGGGCAAAGAAGAAGACAAAGCGUUCGAGAACGCUAUUGCCAUGCAUUGGAUCGAUGAAAAUUCAGAAGAACAGUGGGAAAAGAUUGCUGACUUGGUUCCAAGCAAAAGCAUGGAGGAGUUAAAGCAACACUACGAAAUGCUAGUCGACGACGUGGGUGCAAUCGAGGCGGGGCGAGUGUCCCCGCCUAACUACACAGCUGAUGAAGCUGCUAAUACAGUAUCGUCCAGUAAGGACAGUGGCCAUCGUGCUUCUUCUUCCGGGGCUUCGGCUUCUGAUAAGAGAUUGAAUUGCGGUCAAGGAGGUGGGUUUUUGGGUUCAGGUCACGACUCCGCUAGCCAUGGCGGUAAGGGAGGAUCAAGGGCCGACCAAGAGAGGAAGAAGGGGAUACCGUGGACUGAAGAAGAACACAGGUUAUUUCUACUUGGUCUAGACAAGUUUGGGAAAGGGGAUUGGAGAAGCAUUUCAAGAAACUUUGUCAUUUCCAGAACCCCAACUCAAGUAGCAAGCCACGCACAAAAAUAUUUCAUCCGUUUGAACUCCAUGAACAGAGACAGGAGGAGAUCAAGCAUCCAUGACAUUACAAGCGUCAACAACGGAGACGUUUCAUCUCACCAGCAGCCGCCAAUUACCGGGCAGCAGACCAGUUCGUAUGCGCCAACUGCGGCCACCACGAUAGGAGUAGGAGUAGGACCGCAGUCGGUGAAGCACAGGCCUCAGCCACACAUGACAGGUUUAGGGAUGUAUGGAGCACCGAUGGGGCACCCGGUUUCUGCUCCUCCAGGGCACAUGGCGUCGGCCGUGGGCACUCCAGUUAUGCUUCCUCCAGGCCACCACCCCCAUGCCCAUCCUCCAUACGCCGUCCCAGUUGCUUACCCAAUGGCACAUCCAACAAUGCACCAAUAACAAAACAGUAAUUUUCUUCCUUUUUAUUAGGGUUUUCAGGUCUCUAAGUGGAUUUGAAGGGGAGUAAUAAUACAUAGUAAGAGCAGAAGGCAGAGCAUAAGUUCUGACAAGUAAACAUCCCGAAAUUAAAGCUGCAUACCUCCUUAUAAAGACAGAUUUGUUAUCGGGGUCUUGCCGGAAUAUAUUUACGCGAGAUAGCGAGAGAGAUCUGUACUCGAAUUGAAAUUCAUAAGUUCUGAUAAUGUAUGAUUAAAACAUCAUCGCUGGGCAAAAAAGCGAACGGAAGUGGUAUAAAUAUAUCGUUCCUGA